AUGGAAAACGAGGACGUCAACACCAGUACGUCGCACGACGUCGCGGCCGAGUCCAGCGUCUCGCCAGCUGCUGCGCACGAGCCAACGGCGCUGCCGCAGACCAACGACCGGCAGGAAGAGCCUCUUGCGGCAAGGGAAGAAGCGCCAGCCGCCGCCGCCGCCGUCGUCGAGCCAAGUGACGGCAAGAGCGCAGCCGUUGCGGAACAAGAGACGACGCCGCGAGCCCCUGACGGCGUUUCCACGACCGGAGCACCGCCAGCGCCGUCAACAGGGGAAAAAAACAGCGACGCCAUUGAACCUGAUUUAAACAAGUCGGACGUCGAGGAGACGGCGGUCGAGAGGGCGCAGGACAAGGCACAGGUGCAGGCGCUGCCCAUACGCGCGUACUUGGACCAGACGGUGGUGCCGAUUCUGCUGCAGGGCAUGUCGGCGCUCGUGAAGGAGCGGCCGGCGAACCCGAUCGAGUGGUUGGCGUCGUACCUCGUGGAGCACAACCCACAGGGGCAGCGGGCGGACACUCCAGCGGCCAAAUAG